AGAUCAGCUCAGCCAAUUCGAUCCCUUCCCUUACUAUGGCCGGCCAGUUACAAUUCGGCCGCUCACUGCGCUCAGAGUUUUACUUCGAUGAUGACUACAUCUCCCUUAAUCAUGGAUCUUAUGGCACGUAUCCACGCUCAGUAGGCGAUGAAUACAAGAAAAUCCAAAGUGAGGCUGAAUCGCGCCCCGACCUCUUCUUCCGCCGUCGGUAUCCCAAGGAGCUUGUUCAGUCUCGCCAGGCCCUCUCCACACUCCUCAAUUGCCCAGUCGACGAACUCGUGCUGGUCCCGAAUGCGACAUCCGGGGUGAAUGCAGUCCUCCGCUCCCUACACUGGGAGCGCGGUGAUAAGGUAUUGUACAUGAGUACCAUCUAUGGCGCUUGUGAACGGGCAUUAGUCUACAUCGCCGACACCCGAGGCGUGGAACUCGUCCGCCUGGACGUAACUUAUCCUCUCCCCGACAAUACUGUGAUGGAUAUCGUCAAGGAAUCCCUCGACCUCCACAAGGGAACCAUCAAACUCGCCCUCAUCGACGCAGUCUCCUCCAUGCCUGCCGUCCGCGUCCCGUGGGAACGGCUCUGCGUCUUGUUCCGGGAAUACGGUGUCUUGAGUCUCGUCGAUGGCGCACACGCGAUUGGGCAAAUCCGCGUUGAUUUGGAGGCUGCUAACCCGGAUUUCUUUGUAACGAAUGCUCAUAAAUGGCUAUACUGCCCACGUGGACUCGCGGCUUUCCAUGUGCCGAAACGGCACCAGCAUCUCAUUCAUCCCGUUCAGAUAUCACACGGGUAUGUCUCUCCGUCGACAUCUUCGCUCUACACUCCGAUUGCUUCGGGUAACCCGAGUACGUUCUUGAAUGAAUUCGAGUGGCCUGGGACACAGGACUUUGCUGGGUACCUCACCAUCCCGGCCGCUAUCGAGCGCCGGAAGAAACUUGGUGGCGAGGAGAAGAUCAUGGACUAUUGCAACACUCUCGCGAAGGAAGGCGGGAGGCGGGUCGCGGAGAUGUGGGGUACGGAAACGAUGGAAUGCGACGCCGCGGACUUGGCGACGGCAAUGAUCAACGUCCGACUCCCCCUCUCCGACGAUAUCGGCAUCAACUCGACGGAGGCGGAAAGGGUCGUGCAAGGGAUCUACGACGCAAUGCUCGAACGGAACUGUUUUGCUCCAGUGUUCAAGCAUGGAGGACGGUGGUGGAUUAGGUUUAGUGCACAGGUUUAUAAUGAUGCUACGGAUUUUAUGUAUGUGGCGGGGGUGAUGGGGGAGUUAUGUGAGAUAGCCCGUAAAGGGCAGCUGGCUGGGCCUAGAGAAGAGGAGGUGGAGACAGCGAUGAAGACGGAUACGGAUGAGUAG